UUAAGAAAAUGUACGAUGCCUUACCAUCAAGCUACUAUCGAUAACAAUUCGAGUUCAUCUUUGUCAUCAGUCAAAAAUUCAAAAUUUUAUAUAAUAGAUCAUUUCAAAUGGAAAAGCAUAAAGAAGUUUAUUUAUAUCGCACACGCCGUUUCCUUCUCUGCAUCAAACUACGAUAUAUUUUCAAGGAUAUAUGAAAACGUGCGUAUACUAGAUUUCUUGAUAUGUGAAAUCACAAUAGGAAUGACUUACAUGUGCAUGGAUUGUUUCAUAAAACAGUACACACGUAAAAUUGAUUUUAACAGUACAUUGAAUCCACUUCUCAAAGGUAUCACGUAUGGAAUAUUGCUGCAAUCCGCUCUAUGGACUUUAUUACACUCGAGUGAUUUAGCGGACUCAGUUUGUUUUCUGGCAGCGAGUUUAAAAUCGUCACCUUCGUGGUCGAAAUGUCAGAAAACUGAUUUGAAUAUGAGUUGCGUGUCAUCUAGAGACGUCCUCCUUCGAUGUAGCAACAAGGAUUUCACAAGUUUCAACAACACCUCAGCACACAUAAACUAUUUGAAAUCAUUUAUGCAUCAGGACAAAUAUAUAAUAACAACAAGGUUCUUUGUUACGGCGCUUGUUUGGAUAUUUAACUUUUUCUACUCCACUGUUCCGGACGAGACUUUAAUUAAAAUUCUAAAAUUGACUUUCUUGUGGAGAUUUUAUUCGACAAUCACCGUUUUGGUCCUAAUUAUAUUUGCAUUUUCAAACAUUAAAAGUCUAUCGGCAAUAGCGAACAUAUUCGAAGUAAAUACUCCUACAUCAUUUACAGCUUCAAUGGACCACAUAGCGUACGCCUUUAACAUCGGCCUAAUAGGAGUAUAUGAUUUUGGAACUAUGUCACCAUACACAAUGAUAGACAACGCUGUAGUAAUUUUCACCGUUAUAUUUACAAUAAGUGCGUUCGCAAGAUCUGUUAUUGUGAAAAUAUUGUAUACAGCCAUGACGACUUGUGUCAAAGUGAAUAUAUCGAUAACUCCGCACAAUUUAUUGUUCGCCGUUUUGCCGCUGAGCACGGAUUUCUUCUAUGCACAUAAGUUGUAUGUUAUAUACAUCUAUUUGAAUACUCUGUUGGGUGCGGAGGCGUCCCUUGCAACGCUGACUUUAACAAUGUCAAAACUGAUACACAGCGAGUUUCGUUCCGUGAAAAAUAUCUACAUUGUUGGCGUUCUAUGCUUCAUCGGAUUCAGUUUUUCGGUUCCGGUCACCUCACUGUUAUCUUAUCACAAAAUGCAAGGAGUUAUAUACGGCCUAAACGUUACAGUUUUAUAUCUAGGCGGCUUCAAAGUGGCCAUAGUUAUGUGGAUAUAUGGGGUACAGAGGUUCUCAACCGAUAUACGCUUUUGGCUCGGCUUCAACCCGACAAAGUUUUGGAGAAUAUGCUGGUCCUUCAUGCCCGUCGUACUUUUCACUUGUUUCGGCACAAGAGUUUACAUCCUAACACAAAUGCGUGAUCUAACGAUGGUCGCGUCGGCUGCCGCGUGGAUUUCAUUAUCUCUUCUGACAGUCCUCAUUAUCCAACUAAGAACCGCUUCCCAGUACAUAGUUAGCGGUAAUCUAGCCAAUGUCUUAUCGUGCAGUAAAAAGUACGGGCCACCGGAUCCUGUUUAUCGUAAGCGGCGGAGAAACUUCACCGAGACCCUACGAAUACGGCGGUGUGCACACAGCUGCAAAGUAAUAGAUGACAUGCUGGACUGCAACCACUUGCCGAUAACAUCCAAAUAUACGACGGGAUUGUACUCUGAAUCUUCUUCUAUGCAGAAAAUAUACGAAGCCGGCACUUCUAAACAACCGAUUGCAACCAUAGAAUCUCAACAUAGUGGGAACUAUCGUCAAUGAUAUUUGCUACAUUAUAUAUACUAUUUUGUAAGCAUUGUUAAAUAUCGUGAAUUAUAAUAUUAUUAUGUCAUUGCUUAUUUUACUUAUUUGACGUAAAAACCAAUAAAG